GUGACCUCUCAACACACGCACCCCAACUCUAUAUAAUGCGAAUGCGGGGUGAGAUUUGUUCCUUCCGACUUAUCACCAACUGUGCAGAGAUUCAUAGUCUUCCAUCGAACAAAAUCUUCAAUCUUUACAGAGGUCGAAAUGGCGGAGCAGAGCCACAAGCACUCCCACUUCAAAGGCCAGCCGCGACUCCCCAAAUUCGCCGUUCCCAAGCGCUACGAUCUCAAGCUCAAACCCGAUCUAACCGCCUGUAGAUUCUCCGGUGCCGUUCAAAUAUCCGUCGACGUUGUUUCGGACACCAAGUUCCUCGUCCUCAACGCCGCUGAGCUCGCCGUCGAUCCUAAAUCCGUCACUUUCACAUCCAGUGAUGAGGUUUUGGAAUCAGUAGAGGUAGAGUUGCUUGAGGAUGAUGAGAUUGUUGUGUUGGAAUUCAAGGAAAAUUUACCAGUUGGUGAAGGUGUUUUGAACAUCGAAUUUGAGGGGACUCUAAAUGAUAGAAUGAAAGGCUUCUACAGAAGCACUUAUGAACACAACGGCGAGAAGAAAAACAUGGCUGUGACUCAGUUCGAGCCGGCUGACGCUAGGCGGUGCUUCCCCUGUUGGGAUGAGCCUGCUUGCAAGGCGACAUUCAAGAUUACAUUAGAGGUACCAUCUGAGCUGGUAGCACUUUCCAACAUGCCAGUCAUUGAAGAGAAAAUAAAUGGGAAUCUAAAGACAGUUUACUAUGAAGAAUCACCAAUCAUGUCCACUUACCUGGUGGCAGUUGUAGUUGGGCUGUUCGAUUAUGUUGAGGAUCAUACUCCUGAUGGAGUUGUUGUCCGGGUAUACUGUCAGGUUGGCAAGGUUAGUCAAGGGAAGUUUGCCCUGGAUGUAGCUGUCAAAACACUUGGCCUUUAUAAAAAGUACUUUGAAGUGCCAUAUUCUCUUCCUAAGUUGGACAUGAUUGCCAUUCCUGAUUUUGCUGCUGGGGCCAUGGAGAAUUAUGGUCUUGUUACAUACCGAGAAACAGCUUUGCUUUAUGAUGACAAGCACUCGGCGGCCGCUAAUAAACAGAGGGUUGCUGUUGUUGUAGCCCAUGAGCUGGCACACCAGUGGUUUGGAAAUCUUGUCACGAUGGAAUGGUGGACUCAUUUAUGGUUGAAUGAGGGAUUUGCCACAUGGGUGGCCUAUUUAGCUGCUGAUAGCUUGUUUCCAGAUUGGCAGAUUUGGACUCAAUUUCUUGAUGAAAGUACUGCUGGGCUUCGACUGGAUGCUCUUGCAGAAUCUCACCCCAUAGAGGUGGAAAUCAAUCAUGCCGGUGAAAUUGAUGAAAUUUUUGACGCAAUAAGUUAUAGGAAGGGUGCAUCUGUCAUCCGGAUGCUUCAGAGUUAUCUUGGGCCUGAAUGUUUCCAGAGGUCACUUGCUUCCUACAUCAAAAGAUACGCUUGCUCGAAUGCGAAAACAGAAGAUUUAUGGUCAGUACUUGAGGAGGGUUCUGGUGAGCCCGUGAAGAUACUGAUGAACUCUUGGACCAAACAGAAAGGCUAUCCUGUAGUGUCCGUGAAAAUCAAAGACCAAAAGUUGGAGUUUGAACAGACACAAUUUUUGUUGAGCGGUUCUCAAGGUGAAGGGCAAUGGAUUGUUCCAGUGACUCUGUGUUGUGGUUCUUAUGAAGCUCGUAAACAUUUCUUGCUGCAAACAAAAAGUGAGACUCUUGAUGUUAUAGAGUUAUUGGGUGGCUCAAAUUUAUCUGCCCGCCCUUGGAUCAAAGUCAAUGUGGGACAAACUGCUUUCUUUCGGGUAAAAUAUGAUGAAGAGCUAUCGGCUAGGCUCAGGGAUGCAAUAGAGAAAAAGUCCUUGGCAAUCAGUGAUAAAUAUGGAAUUUUGGAUGACUAUUAUUCAUUGUCCAUGGCAUGCCAGCAAUCUUUGAGCUCUUUGCUUGCAUUGAUGGGUGCUUUCAGAGAGGAGCUUGAUUACACAGUUUUAUCCAAUUUGAUCACUAUAUCUUUUAAAGUGGCAAGCAUAGUGGCUGAUGCUGCGCCUGAUUUGCUGGCUGACUUGAAACUGUUUUUCAUCAAUCUUUUCCAGAUUUCUGCGGAGAGGCUUGGAUGGGACCCUAAGCAAGGGGAAAGCCACCUCGAUGCCAUGUUAAGGGGAGAGCUCUUAUCAGCACUAGCUUCGUUUGGACAUCAACAGACACUAGAUGAGGCCAAUAGGCGGUUUCGUUUAUUUUUGGAUGAUAGGAACACACCUGUUCUUCCUCCUGAUUUGAGAAGGGCAGUAUAUGUGGCCGUAAUGCAGAACGUGAGUACAUCAGAUAGAUUCGGCUAUGAGUCUCUUCUGAGAAUUUACAGAGAAACCGACCUUAGCCAGGAGAAAACGAGAAUAUUAGGCUCAUUAGCUUCCUCUCGGGAUCCUGAAAUUACUCUCGAGUUUCUGAACUUCUUGUUAUCAUCUGAGGUUCGGAGCCAAGAUGCUGUAAUUGGAUUGAGUGUUAGUAGGGAAGCUCGUGAAAUCACAUGGAAUUGGUUGAAAGAAAAUUGGGACCAUAUCUCCAAGACUUAUGGAGCUGGAUUUCUGGUAACACGCUUUAUUUCUGCUGUUGUGUCUCCGUUUACUUCGAAUGAGAAGGCUGAGGAAGUAGAGCAGUUUUUCGACAGCCGUAUGAAGCCUUACAUUGCGAGGACAUUGAAACAGAGUAUCGAGAGAGUCCACAUAAAUGCGGCCUGGGUUAAAAGCAUUCAGAGCGAGAAAAAUCUUGCCGAGGCUGACGGGCCAGAUGCAGCAGAGCGACGACCCGGAGCUUCAAUCUCUACAGAUGUGGAAAUGGCGGAGCAGAGCCACAAGCACUCCCAGUUCAAAGGACAGCCGCGACUCCCCAAAUUCGCCGUUCCCAAGCGCUACGAUCUCAAGCUCAAACCCGAUCUAACCGCCUGUAAAUUCUCCGGCGCCGUUCAAAUCUCCGUCGACGUUAUUUCGGACACGAAGUUCCUUGUCCUCAACGCAGCAGAGCUCGCCGUCGAUCCCAAAUCCGUUACUUACACAUCGAGUGAUAAGGUUUUGGAAUCAGUAGAGGUAGAAUUGUUUGAGGAUGAUGAGAUUGUUGUGUUGGAAUUCAAGGAAAAUUUACCAGUUGGUGUAGGUGUUUUGAACAUCGACUUUGAGGGGACUCUAAAUGAUGGAAUGAAAGGCUUCUAUAGAAGCACUUAUGAACACAAUGACGAGAAGAAAAACAUGGCUGUGACUCAGUUUCAGCCGGCUGAUGCUAGGCGGUGCUUCCCCUGUUGGGAUGAGCCUGCUUACAAGGCGACAUUCAAGAUUACAUUAGAGGUACCAUCUGAGCUGAUAGCACUUUCCAACAUGCCAGUCAUUGAAGAGAAAAUAUUUGGGAAUCUAAAGACAGUUUACUAUGAAGAAUCACCAAUCAUGUCCACUUACCUGGUGGCAGUUGUAGUUGGGCUGUUCGAUUAUGUUGAGGACCAUACUCCUGAUGGAGUCGUUGUCCGGGUAUACUGUCAGGUUGGCAAGGUUAGUCAAGGGAAGUUUGCCCUGGAUGUAGCUGUCAAAACACUUGGCAUUUAUAAAGAGUACUUUGCAGUGCCAUAUUCUCUUCCUAAGUUGGACAUGAUUGCCAUUCCUGAUUUUGAUGGAGCCAUGGAGAAUUAUGGUCUUGUUACUUACCAGGAAACAGCUUUGCUUUACGAUGAUAAGCACUCGGCGGCCGCUAAUAAACAGAGAGUUGCUGUUGCUGUAGCCCAUGAGCUGGCACACCAGUGGUUCGGAAAUCUUGUGACAAUGGAAUGGUGGACUCAUUUAUGGUUGAAUGAGGGAUUUGCCACUUGGGUGGCCUAUUUAGCUGUUGAUAGCUUGUUUCCAGAUUGGCAGAUUUGGACUCAAUUUCUUGAUGAAAGUACUGCUGGGCUUCGAUUGGAUGCUCUUGCAGAAUCUCACCCCAUAGAGGUGGACAUCAAUCAUGCUGGGGAAAUUGGUGAAAUUUUUGACGCAAUAAGUUAUAGGAAAGGUGCAUAUGUCAUCUGGAUGCUUCAAAGUUAUCUUGGGCGUGAAUGUUUCCAGAGGUCACUUGCUUCCUACAUCAAAAGAUACGCUUGCUCGAAUGUGAAAACAGAAGAUUUAUGGUCAGUACUUCAGGAGGAAUCUGGUGAGCCCGUGAAUAUACUGAUGAACUCUUGGACCAAACAGAAAGGCUAUCCUGUAGUGUCCGUGAAAAUCAAAGACCAAAAGUUGGAGUUUGAACAGACACAAUUUUUGUUGAGCGGUUCUCGAGGUGAAGGGCAAUGGAUUGUUCCAGUGACUCUGUGUUGUGGCUCUUAUGAAGCUCGUAGAAAUUUCUUGCUGCAAACGAAAAGUGAGACUCUUGAUGUUAAAGGAUUAUUGGGUGCUUCAUCUGCCCGCCCUUGGAUCAAAGUCAAUGUGGGACAAACUGCUUUCUUUCGGGUAAAAUAUGAUGAAGAGCUAACUGCUAGGCUCAGAGAUGCAAUAGAGAAAAAGUCUUUGUCAAUCAGUGAUAAAUAUGGAAUUUUGGAUGACUAUUAUUCAUUGUCCAUGGCAUGCCAGCAAUCUUUGAGCUCUUUGCUUGCAUUGAUGGGUGCUUUCAGAGAGGAGCUUGAUUACACAGUUUUGUCCAACUUGAUCACUAUAUCUUUUAAAGUGGCAAGCAUAGUGGCUGAUGCUGCGCCUGAUUUGCUAGCCGACUUGAAACUGUUUUUCAUCAAUCUUUUCCAGAUUUCUGCCGAGAGGCUUGGAUGGGACCCUAAGCAAGGGGAAAGCCACCUCGAUGCCAUGUUAAGGGGAGAGCUUUUAUCAGCACUAGCUUCGUUUGGGCAUCAAGAGACACUAGACGAGGCCAAUAGGCGGUUUCGUGUAUUUUUGGAUUAUAGGAACACACCUGUUCUUCCUCCUGAUUUGAGAAGGGCAGUAUAUGUGGCCGUAAUGCAGAACGUGAGUACAUCAGAUAGAUUCGGCUACGAAUCUCUUCUGAGGAUUUACAGAGAAACCGACGUUAGCCAGGAGAAAAAGCGAAUAUUAAGCUCAUUAGCUUCUUCUCGGGAUCCUGAAAUUACUCACGAGUUUCUGAACUUUUUGCUAUCAUCUGAGGUUAGAAGCCAAGAUGCUGUAAUUGGAUUGAGCGUUAGUAGGGAAGCUCGUGAAACCACAUGGAAUUGGUUGAAAGAAAAUUGGGACAAUAUCUCAAAGACUUAUGGAUCUGGAUUUCUGAUAGCACGCUUUAUUUCUGCUGUUGCGUCUCCGUUCACUUGGAAUGAGAAGGCUGAGGAAGUAGAGCAGUUUUUCGCAAGCCGUAUGAAGCCUUACAUUGCGAGGACAUUGAAACAGAGUAUUGAGAGGGUCCGCAUAAAUGCAGCCUGGGUUAAAAGCAUUCAGAGCGAGAACAAUCUUGCCGAGGCCAUUAAGGAGCUAGCUCACAGAAAAUACUAAUAAAAUAAAAUAA